AAUGAUUAACGUAUGUAGGAACAUCAUCUAUCAUCCACCAUUUGCGAUUAUUCUAACAUGGCCGCAUGUUAGUUGCUGAUUUUUCUUUAUUGUUUGCCAACGUUUGUUAAAGAUUUAGUAGUGGUGUUUGUUUGAAAAUUAAAGUUUGAUAAAUCACAGAAAAGUAGAUAUAUGUAGUGGCAGAGACAGGCAUUUACACCUAAUAAUUUGGAUAAGUUGUACCGGUCUUCGUCUUGUUGAUCUACUCCUCCCCAUUGAGGUAUUUAGAUUGUCAAAUUAAAUAGGUAUUUCUGAUUUCGUAUUUUUGAUCAUUUCGAAUUAAAAAUGUUGCAAGAACAUCAUCAUAUGUCUCAGAACGGAAUGCAAAGAAAUGCCAGAAUGGGAAUGCAACAAAUGGGGCCACCCCCUAACCAAAGAACACCGAUGUUAAUGAGUAUGCCAGCACCUGGUGUUCUGGUCUCAAUGUCCCCUGGACCUGGGCCAACACUGAUCACAACAACAUCGAUUCCUCAACAGCCACAACCCAAGAACAUGCAACAAGUCUACCAUUAUGAAAACACUGGCCAGCCAGAAGCAGAUCAACACAGUACAGAACAUCAAAACACUAAUACUUUGUCUACGCCCAAUGCUACUUUGGCAAACAUAAAAGAAAAAACACCAAUGUGUUUGGUAAAUGAAUUAGCAAGAUACAACAAAAUCCAACAUCAAUACAGACUCACUGGGGAACAGGGACCCGCCCACAAGAAAAUAUUCACAGUUACCUUGAAACUGGGUAAUGAGGAAUACGAAGCUGAGGGGCCUAGUAUUAAGAAAGCACAGCACUCGGCCGCUGCACAAGCCUUGUCUAAAACCGAAUUCAAACAUCCGCCACCAAAGACAGUAAGAAAUCGCCCUGGUACACGUCCCACGAAUCCAGGAGUGGUUACCCCCACUGUUGAGCUUAAUGCUCUUGCUAUGAAGAGAGGAGAACGUACUGUUUAUGUUGUCGAAAAUGGAGGUGCACCUCCACAUCAGGGUUUCAUAACUCAACCAGGAUACUAUCCUCGUCAUAACCUCUACAAUGCUCAGACGCAGCCUCAGAGGUACGGGUAUGACGCACGUCGGAACGUAAGAGGACAUUACCCGUACCAUGAAAAUAGGUACUAUGGACAAUUCAGACCUGGCGCACCGCACAACCCUGGAGACCCAUAUACAGUGCGCUUACGAGUGGGGGAGCGGGAAUAUCCCGGACAAGGGUAUACCGUGCAAGCUGCCAGACAUGAUGCUGCCACUAAAGCCAUCGAACAUAUUAAACAACUAGGUGAUCCAGAACAAAACGAUGGUUCAAUAUCGCCUGACAGCUCGCAACACAUGUCCAAUGAUUCCAUGCAACAAGGAAGUGUUGGGGACAUUAAUUCUGAUCUGAAAUCUCCUAUCUCGCUCGUAUACGAAAUAGCCUUAAAGAGAAACUUAAGUGUGAUUUUCGAAGUUCUCAGCGAAAAAGGACCUCCACACAUGAAGGUAUUCAUAACCCAGUGCCGCGUCGGAACCUUCUUAGCGGAGGGAGAGGGCAACGGCAAGAAAAUAUCAAAAAAACGGGCGGCCGAGAAGAUGCUCGAAGAACUUUCGAAGCUACCCGCGCUUCCUAAUGUCAUCAACAUAGCGCAGCUCAAAAGGAAGCGGGUCACGAACAAAAAGAAAACACGAAACCUAAUCAAGGUCAAUACAGACAAAACCACUGAGGUGGCCGAAGAGAUCAACCCCAUCUCGCGAUUGAUUCAAAUACAGCAGGCCAAUAAGGAAAGGGAACCAGUUUAUACGGUUUUGGAGGAACGCGGUGCCCCUAGGCGCCGAGAAUUUGUCAUUGAGGCUGCUGUUAAUGGACAUUCUUGCACUGGAGUUGGGCCCAACAAAAAGGUAGCUAAACGUAACGCCGCCGAAGCCCUGCUGAUCGAAUUGGGUUACAACAAUGCUCCGAACGGGAAGCAGCCUCUCGGCAAAGAUAAGGACGAUGCAUCUGGCAUGCAUUCCGGCCUCGACAAGAAUCGUAAAGUCACGUUUGUCGAAGAGGCCCAAGAUAAUCAACCAACCCAAUCAGUUGGAGGCAGUGGUGGUCGCCAAUUGGUCCCAGGAGUUCUGCUGGUCACGGAACAAUCUGGUUUCCAAAAACAAAAGGACAAUAUGGACAAGCCCUUGCAGGCUCAACAGACCCAAAUUAAACCUCCACCUACCAUACAGGGUGUACGCUCAAAGGACAAACUGCUCUACUUAGCCCAGUUGAUGGCUAUCCAAGUUCAGUUCUCUGAUUUUCCGAAAGCUAAUCAUGAAAUGUAUUUGACUUUGGUAUCAUUGAGUACCAAUCCACCUCAAGUGUGCCAUGGCGAAGGUCCCACCACUGAAGCGUCGCACGAAAAAGCCGCUCUCGAAGCCCUCAAAGUGCUUUCCGAGUUGGGUCUCGACAUCGCUCCCAAGGACGGCUCGUCUGGGCCCGCUGGCGAUAAUGCGUCCCCAGUUGUGUCUAAUAAGGCGUCAGUGCACCAAAAUGGUGUGAAGAAGUAAACUUUGAACUCUGCGUAGGCUGUACCAAUGGCCCCAUUAUAGAAUUGCAUCUCUCCUUUUAGUGACUGCUUUUUUCCGUCAUUGGUACAGAACAGUUAUACAUGAGUUCCAUGUGGCCAUGUAAAAAUUUGCAUAAUUUAUAUUUAAAAAAAUAACUACGAAUUAUUGUUAUUAUUAUUUCAUGUGAUUUCAUUAACAUAUGAUGUUAUAUGAAAUGAAUUCAUGUAUCUAUGUAUAAUUCUGGUUAUUGCUUCGGCACUGUAUGUUCCCAAUCAGUGCUCCUACCCAUUUUCAUUUUCGUGGGCAGAAAAAGAAAUUGGGUGACAGUAGUUCAGAAUUGGUUUUACAAAAUUGUAAGUCGUGUAUCUAUAUAUACACGUUUAGGGUUCGAAUAAUGUCAGUGUUGCCAAACUGUUUUUAAGCAUUUUUGAUCGUCCAACUUCAUUCAAACAUACACCUUACGUCAUUUGUCAUUUAUUGAAUAUCAAAACUUAAUGUCGGCUAUCGAAAUGCACAGUCGGCGGCAUAUUCUAUUUCUGUCUAUUCAAUAGUAUUGUGUUUCCAUACUGUUCUCCUAGAGUCAGUAUUGGAAAGUUAGCGUACUGUUUGUAGAAUAGAGCAGGGACAGAAGUUUGACA